CCAAGCACGACCGAAACCCUCACAAUAGAAAUCAUCAUUGCUGGCCCAGCGCUGCCACCACUGCUUCUGCUUUUGGCCUGUUUUGUUUGUUUUUAGUCCCUUAGGCACUGGCCCUAACAACAAAUGAGGAGAAGCCAAGUUCUCUGCUUUCUGCAUUCAGGGUCUGCCCUGGAUGGGGUCUUCCUCUAAGGCGAGCUUCAGAUCUGCUCAAGCUUCCAGCAGUGGGGCCAGGAGGCAGGGCCUGGGCAGGGGAGACCAGAGCCCCUCGAUGAUGCCUCCCAAUGGCAGGGCUCAGACACACACACCGGGCCGGGGAAGCCCCCGCAGUGAAAACCGAGACGGUCUUUUGCCUGCCGUGGCCCUGCGCAGACUCUGCUCUCACUGCGGUGCUGACAUCCCAAAUUUUCAGACUCGCCAGGACCCAGUGACAGCCUCUGUGUCCCCAGCUCAGGACACUGGACGGAGCUGGGAACUGACAGCCCUGAUCAAUAGUCCCAAGAGAAAGGCCAGUCCUCUUCCUCCUCGGAAUCCUGGGUUUCUAGAAGGCAGAAAGGUUUUCUGAGAAACAAGGCUUUUGGAAGGAAGGCGGUGCCUGGCUGGGCGUUCAGAAAGGAGAGUUAAAUGGAGAGGCUGAACAGAGGGCCCAUGGGGAACGCAUGGGGAGGGGAGGCUGGGACGCGGGGUUCCGGGUCUGCUCUUCUGUGUCCAUCCCGGAUCCUGCUUUUGUCCAGAUGGGCCUCAGAGCAGCAGUCACUUACUCCAAGAAGUCAUUUCCCGUGGCCAAUCAUGAAGAUGACGCACUCGGAAGCUUGUGGGCUCUGAGGAGGGGGAAGGACGCAGCGGCCAUGCAUUCAUCCCAGCACAGGCAGCGCGUGGCUCCGGAAACAGACACAGGCUGGGCCUGGCCCAGGAGUCUGCCAGGAGCCAGGAGCGUCUGCACCUCCCUGGAGGCCCACGCUUCUCUCCCCAGAAGCUCAAAAAUCACACAGCGUCUGAGGUGCAGGGCCCGGGUGUGCUGGAGUGACAAAGCCCGGAGCUGUGGCGAUGGGAGGGAGGGAACGCCGGUUUAUGUCUGUUCUUUGGGCUGAUUUGCUGUCUCUGUCUUUGUCUCUAAUGUCCUUUGCACCACUGACCUUGAGGAGCCUUUUGUUCCUCCUGUCCCAGUUAGGUUUCCAUGGGAACCUGAGUGGCAGCGUCAUCACUUUGCUGAGGUGAAAUGCCCCGAUGCCAUGAAUACCUGGGGGAAAACCUGCCAGAGAAGCACAAGCCAUCCAGGAGACGGCCUGCAGGGCGGGGCCUCACAGCCUGCCCCCGUUCUCUCUCAGGUUUCAGGUCUGUUAGCUUUGGGUCUCCAAGUUCACGGAGGGUGCAGGGGAAGAGAAGCUCCAUCAGUUUCGUCUGGAGCUUGGUCCUCAGCAACUGUCUGGUGCCUGAUAGGUGUGUGAUAAUUACUUAGUGAAUUCAUGGGUGUGGGCUGUGAUAGAAUUAAGUGAUUUGACGUCCUCUCGUUAAAUUCAGGUGACGACAGGGUUUUUGGAGUUUGAGCCUCUCCUGAAAUUUGCCAUCUGACAAAAUGGCAUCAUGGCAGAGUUGUAAACUACUGUGGAUAUAUUUUAUUUAAUUUCUCAAAUUAAAAUAAAAGGUAAUGGUACACUUAAGAGUGGG